CUUCACUGAGAGCUGUGAAAGAGCUUGACAGGCAAGGCGAGUGCGGCUGUGCAAAAGAUUCCACCUGCAAAGCACAAGUAAGAAGUUCGCAACUUUGGAGUUGCUUGGCAAACUUGGCUGAGAGACUCACUUCGACCCAAGUGAGGGACACGGGCAGACGUGGUGUCCGUCGGCCCAGACAUGAACCCUGACGCGGAUUACGGACUUCACGGAAGCAGCGGCAACGGAAAGUUGCGACAGUGGCUCAUUGAGCAGGUGGAUUGUGGGAAAUAUGCAGGCCUGGUGUGGGAGAAUGACGAGAAAAGUAUCUUCAGGAUCCCCUGGAAACACGCCGGCAAGCAGGACUACAACCGCGACGAGGACGCUGCACUUUUCAAAGCCUGGGCGCUGUUCAAGGGCAAAUACCGGGAAGGGGUGGAUAAGCCCGACCCGCCAACUUGGAAGACUCGCCUCCGCUGUGCCCUCAACAAGAGCAACGACUUUGAGGAGCUGGUGGAGCGUAGCCAGCUGGACAUCUCCGACCCCUACAAAGUCUACCGCGUCAUCCCCGAGGGUGCCAAGAAAGGGCCCAGAGAGGAGGACGGUCCUCUGAGCCCCGUUGGCUAUUCUGUGACUUCAGCCUACGCCGCUCUUCAAACUCAGAUGCCUACGUACGUUCCCUCUCCGGAAUGCGGCUGGAGGGACUUCAGUCAGGAGCAGACCCCUCUGCCAGAGCUGCCCUUCACUCAGGGCCCGUGUCCCCCUCGCAGCCUGCCGUGGCAGGGCCCAUCUGUGGAGAACGGAUACCAGCUCAGAGCUUCCUUUUACUCUUACGGUCCCACCGACGCUCAGCCCUCACCUUUUAGUCUGGACGGCAGCAUCAGAUCAGCAGAGGCAUUCCGAGACACACGGCUGCACGUGUCGGUGUAUUUGCGGGACACCCUGGUGAGGGAGGUGACCACCUUCAGCCCGGAAGGCUGCCACAUCACGCCAGCCUCCCCGGAGGAAAAACACUACUUGUCCUCAGGAGGUCGCGACGUGGUCCCGCUGCCCGCCGCCGACACCUUCGCGGCUCAGAGGAGAGCGUUGGAGCGGCCGGCGAGUCCCCAUGCCUCCGCUUUGGAGGGGGGGCUGCUGUGUUGGAUGGCCCCUGACGGACUCUACGCCCAGCGGCUGUGUGAGGGCCGAGUGUACUGGCAGGCGGGACUCGCCCCCUAUGGUGACAAGCCCAAAAAGCUGGAGCGGGAUGUCACCUGUAAACUACUCCACACGCAGGACUACCUCACAGAGAUCCAGACGCUGGGGCUCCACGGUCGACCGCUGGCCACUCGCUUCCAGGUUCUUCUGACUUUUGGAGAUGAAGGUCUUGACUCCCAGAGGGCGGGCCUCACUGUGCAGGUGGAGCCUUUGUUUGCCAGGCAGCUGUUGUAUUACGCCCAGCAGACAAGUGGACAUCUGUACCGCGGCUACGAGCACGCGGGGCUCACGGAACACGUGGGUCUCUCCGAGGACUAUCACAGGGCCCUCACACAGCAUCGCAACCUGCAGCAGUGACUGGAGCAGAUAUGAUUUGGAUGAUCAAGAUAAAAAAAUAGUGUAUAUAGCUCGUUUGCGCAGGCCGCAGCUGUGCAGCAAUUUAAAUCUGGAAUAAAAUGCCAUGCAGUUGA